GCUCUACCAGUCGCGAUUGUCAGAUAUCAACAACUCUGCCCCUCCGCCCCUCCGCCCCUUGCGCCCUUUGCCAGUCGGCGGACCAUUCGACAUGGCGGCCAACAGCUACUAUCAGAGUAGCUACAGCAGCAAUCCGCCAACCUACGAACAAGUCAAUCCACACUUAGCUACUCAAUACCCAGCAACUGGCCAUCCAGGCUUUGAAACACACCCUUACCAGCCCACCGCCUCCGAUCCUCAGCUCCACUAUAGUCAACAAUCACUGGGCUCCGAUCCAGGAGCCUAUGCCGCCGGCGCCAGACUGAAUGAGGGUGAACAAUAUGCCGAGAACAUUCCUUUGAAGGCCAACAACCAAUAUCCGAACGCUCCUCCACCGCCGGUGAACUGGAUGCAUCAACAAACGCAUUAUCCACCGUCGCCCGAGGAGAUCGAGCCGACUAUGCGCCCUAAUGCUCGACGAACACAGAAGAAGGGUUUCUUUGGGAGGAAGAUCGCUUGGGUCACCUAUACGCUCACUUUGAUCCAAAUCAUUGUCUUCAUCGUGGAGUUGGUGAAAUCUGCUCAAUUUACGGGAAGUCCCAUCGAAACUAAACCGUCGUUCAACGUCAUGAUCGGUCCUUCUGCUUACCUUCAGAUUUAUAUGGGCUCUCGGUACACCCCCUGUAUGAAGAACACGCCAGGCAUUCAGAAUACCAACGAGACGGUUCUCUUUCCCUGCCCCAACGCGACGACGACCGAGGCCCAUUGUACUUUGUCCGAGCUGUGUGGCUUCAACGGUGUGCCGAAUCCCACGGCUGGCGGAUCGCUCGACGACAAGCCUGAGCCCAACCAGUGGUUCCGUUUCAUCAUUCCCAUGUUCAUUCACAGCGGUUUCGUUCACAUCGGCUUCAAUCUUCUCGCGCAGAUGACAAUCGGUGUUGCGAUGGAGAAAAUGAUCGGGUGGUGGCGGUAUGCUCUUGUAUAUUUGGCGAGUGGAAUUUGGGGGUUUGUGCUCGGAGGCAAUUAUGCUGCUCAAGGUCAGGCCUCAUGCGGCUGCUCCGGGGCGCUCUUUGGCAUUCUCGCCCUCGAUCUGUUGGAUCUGCUAUACAGUUGGCAAGAACGCCAGUCGCCGUGGGUUGAGUUGGUUAUCAUGCUUCUGGGCAUCGGUGUGUCUUUCGUGCUGGGACUUCUGCCAGGGCUGGAUAACUUCUCGCAUAUUGGCGGCUUCACCAUGGGGCUUGCUCUGGGACUCUGCCUCCUGAGAUCGCCCAACGCACUGCGAGAACGCAUUGGUCUCGCGCGGAACCCGUACGUGGCCAUGAGUGGCGGCGUGGGCACAGCUACCCCAGAGGAGGGUCAGAAGGUGGUGCCGGCCCCGAGUCUCAUCGACUUCAUCAAGGGCAAACGCAGCCUUAAGGCAUCCGACGGGAAAUCGAGUCCCAUGAAUUUCUUCCGCGGCCGGAAGCCGCUGUGGUGGGCUUGGUGGCUGGUGCGAGUGGGAGCGUUGGUCGCCGUGCUGGUUGGGUUCAUUCUUCUCAUCAUUGAUUUCUACAAAUACCCUAAGUCGAACUGCUCUUGGUGCUAUCGACUCAGUUGCCUGCCGGUCAAAGACUGGUGCGAGCAGGGUAAUAUCACGACAGAGGAGGAUUCCACGUAGAGUGUUUGGUAUAUAGCAUUUCCGGUUGGGGCACAUCUUUUUG